AUGGCCAACGAGCCAUAUCAUCAUCAUGCCACCAGAGGUGGUCGUCAGUAUCGUGACUGGAUCGAGCUCAAGUCAGAGCUCUUAGCAAAUGGCAAGCCGACGUCGCAAAGGAUAGCCGGUCGCGCGGUGAGGCCGUCCGCAUCUGGACGGCAUCUUGGCGUGUUCGGCACUCCAAGCCCGAGGAUGCCAUGGAAGCCGCCGGAGUGGCAAAUUCGGUCUUCGUGCUCGACAGCGAGCAGAAUCAAGGUUGCGAGAAACGUCAUAGUGCAGACUUGGACGCAAAUCGAGAGCGUCGAGGAACGAAAAGAUCACGGCUUGGGCCUGUUGUACUCGGACGGCCACGAGGACCGCUCGAGCGGGCGCGCAAAGGGCGGCGGAUGCUGGAAUACCGGCGGUGAUUUGACCCCAAGGCAUCGUGGCACUGGCAUCAGCAGCCGUGGUGGCAUCAGCAGCAGCGAGCUAGUACAACAAGCAGCUCGGCAUCUUGCGGCGCUUCCUUCAACAAAGGCUCUUCGCUGCCUGCAAUGCGGCUGCAAGCUCGCCCACGCCUUGCCGACAUGCCCUCGCGCAUACCUGGGCUCCGACGAUGCGAUGCCCGUCUUCCUCUCGGUCAUCCCUUUCGGUGUUGAGAGCUCUUGCAGAGACGGCCAGGGUGGUUGAUUGGCUUCGCGAUGCCUCGCUUCCAAGACAUGCGCGCAACCCACAUUGGCCAGAGAAAGCAAAGCGCAAAGUG